AUGCGGAUGAAAGGGUUGGCCUGCCCGUGCCCUGCCCUAUCCAACUUCUUGGAACUGGGGACCUGCUUAAUGGCUGAGGGUUCCCGGACGCAGGCAUCGGGUCAAGGGCCUCCUAUCAACGUCCAGUUCCUCCGCGCCCAGUAUGAAGGUCUGAAAAGACAGCAGAGGACCCAAGCUCACCUGAUGGUAUUUCCUAAAGAAGGGACCAUGCUUACUCCAGCUGAAUCGAUGACCAGUGCCGUUUGGAUUAACAAGGAGAGAAAGAGUUCCCUGUCCCCAGAUGAGACUGACUCUGAGGUUGAGGGGACGCUGGAGGACGUGGACAGGAGCUGCCAUCAGGGUCCCGAGACUCCAUGGCACACCUACCUAGAGAUGCAUCGCUUGGUCCAAACCAGCCACCAAGGGAGCCCCAAGGGCUACCCUGCGGAGUCAGAACCAAGGCUCUCCCCAGAGGGAGACCCUAAUGUGCUGGAAAACCAUCAGAAGACUCAGGAAGAAACCGAAAUCGCAGAGGCGGCCCAGUGUCAAAGUCAGGAGGGCUGUGGCCCACUACAGGCAGCAGGCUCCGGUUUGCAAACCGGCAUUCAGUGUCUUUCUCCAGCAAAGAACCUACACAGAUCUCAUUACCCAUUUCCCCAGAGGAAACUUCCCAGGAUCUCCCAAGCUGCCCGGAACCUGGGCUUAUACGGCCCACCCUGAAGCUUUGCA